GUCUGGUUGCCGCUCGCUCUCUCUCUCUCUCUCUCUCUCUCUCUCUCUCUCUCUCUCUCUUCUUUGUAACACUUGCUUUCUCUGGUUGGCUUCUUGUUUGGUUGCCGCUCAGUCUCUCAAGUCUCAAUGGCUUGCUAUUCGCUGAUUAACCCUCCUCCAUUUACGUUGAUUUGUCCCAGGAAAACCAGCCUCCGUUGUUUUCUCUAUAGAACGCAAAACCCUAAUUCUAGACGUUCAAACUUCAUUAAUGGUGCCGGACGAAUUCUGUGCUCAGCUGAGAAGCCUCAAUUUGCCCAAUUGAACUCUUCUUCUGUGAACACCUUAACCAGCCCAACUGAGGUUGGGAGAAACAGGGUUUCGACGCUUCGAGAAAUAUGUGAAGGUCAUGUUCCCGAGCAAGUACUGAGAAGAGUCGAAGAGGUUGGAUUUGUUGUACCAACAGAUGUACAGCGGGAAUCUUUACCAAUGCUUCUGUCUGGACGGGAUUGCAUACUUCAUGCUCAGACAGGUUCUGGGAAGACCCUAGCUUACCUUCUAUUGAUAUUUUCAGUUGUAAAUGCUCAAAGGUCUGCAGUGCAAGCACUGAUUGUUGUCCCAACUAGGGAACUUGGCAUGCAAGUUACAAAAGUUGCCAGGCUUUUGGCUUCGAAGCCCAUGGAACAUGAGUUGGAGCAGAAGACAAGCACUGUGAUGGCUCUUUUGGAUGGAGGGAUGUUGAAAAGACAUAAGAGCUGGCUAAAGGCAGAACCCCCGACAAUUGUGGUUGCAACUAUAGGAAGUUUGUGCCAAAUGCUUGAGAAGAAUGUUUUUAAGCUGGAAGCAAUGCGAGUUCUAGUGAUCGAUGAGGUUGAUUUCAUGUUCAAUUCAUCAAAACAAGUGCAUUCUCUUCGGAAGCUUUUGACAUCAUACUCUUCAAUUGAUAGCCGUCAGACUGUUUUUGCUAGUGCAUCCAUUCCACAGCACAGGCAUUUUCUUUAUGAUUGUAUGCAGCAGAAGUGGACCAAGAAUGACGUGGUUCAUGUCCAUCUAAACUCAGUCCAGCCUAUGCCUUCAUGCCUGCAACAUAGAUUUGUGAUAUGUGGAGGCGAUGAGAGACUGGAGACUUUGCUCUCCCUACUACAGGCUGAUACACCAAAAUCUGCCAUUAUUUUUGUCAGUGAACAGUCUGAGAAGUCGAAGAAAGCUGGAAAUACUCCAUCAUCAAUACGUGUCAUUGAGUUCCUGAGAACUUCCUAUGCUGAAUAUUCAGAGAUCAUUCUUCUGGAGGAAGACAUGAAUUUCAACUCCCGGGCAUCAUCAUUAUUGGAAGUCAGACAAGGUGGGGCUUCUGGAUCUUGUAUUCUAGUCGCAACAGACAUAGCAGCAAGAGGAAUUGACCUUCCGGAGAUGACUCAUGUGUACAACUUUGAUUUGCCAAGGACUGCAGUUGAUUAUCUUCAUCGCUCUGGAAGGACUGGUCGGAAGCCAUUUUCGGAUGAAAAGUGCACCAUCACAAACAUGAUAACACUAAAAGAGCGGUUUGUAUUGCAAAGAUUCGAAAAUGAGUUGAUGUUUCAUUGUAAUGAGCUAUCUUUGUAGGUCAUGAGGUUCUUUUAUUCAUGAUUGUUUCAUUUCUAGCUCAAGUGGCGCAGAAA